AUGGCUACGAUGGACAGCAUACUAGUCGAUGAACGUGAAGAUGUUCAAAAGAAAACAUUUACCAAGUGGAUAAAUUCACAACUGUCAAAAGAAAAUCACGAAGUCAUAUCUGACUUAUUUUUGGAUCUACAAAAUGGUACUAAAUUACUUUAUUUGUUAGAAAUUCUAACCGGCAUUCAAAUUAAACCAGAAAAAGGAUGUAUGAGAGUUCACCAUCUAAAUAAUGUAAAUAAAGCAUUACAAAUAUUGGAACAAAAUAAUGUAAAAUUGGUGAAUAUAAGUAGUAACGAUAUAGUUGAUGGUAGUCCAAAACUAAUUUUAGGAUUGGUAUGGAGUAUUAUAUUGCAUUGGCAGGUUGAUUGUCAUUUGAAAGAAUUAAUGUCUGAAUCACAGCAAACAAAUUUAGAAAAAACACUAUUGGCAUGGUGUCGUAAAAAUACUGAAGGAUAUGAUGUUGACAUUAAAAAUUUUACUACAAGUUGGUCAGAUGGGUUAGCAUUCAGUGCAUUAAUACAUAAAUUCAGAUCUGAUCUUUUGGAUUAUGAUUCUGUUUUAAAACAACAUCCGAAUGCUAGACUUGAAAAUAUAUUUUCUGCUGCUCAUCAGCAUUUAAAUAUUGAACGUUUAUUAGAUCCUGAAGAUGUUAAUACAUCCAUACCAGACAAAAAAUCUAUUAUGAUGUACGUUAUGUGCUUGUUUCAAAGAUUAUCUCAAUAUUCAUAUGAAAUGGGAGCUUCAAAGUCUGAUAUACAAUAUGAAGAUAAAUUUAAAAAGUCUGAUGAAAGGCCAUUGAGUAUGUUAACAAAUAUUUCGGUUGAACUUGGUGGUUAUCAAACUGCAUUAGAAGAAGUUUUAACAUGGUUACUAGAAGCUGAAGAUCGUUUACACCAGUCAGAAAAAAUACCUGAAGAACUAGAGGGUGUUAGGGAAAUAUUUCACAUGCAUGAAAAUUUUCUUAUUGAAUUGUCGCAUCAUCAAGAAGGAGUUGGUUCUAUAAUAGAAGAAGGGGCUCGAAUGUUAGCUGAUGGUGGUUUAACUGAAGAAGAAGAACAAGAAGUUCGUAUUCAAAUGAAAUUGUUAAAUUCGCGAUGGGAAAAAUUAAGAAUUACUGCUAUGGAAAGACAAACCAAAAUACACGAAUCUUUAAUGGGGAUCCAGCAAAAACAAUUAGAUGAGUUACGUUUGUGGCUAACACAAACUGAAGAUCGUAUAUCACAUUUGUCACAAUCUGCAAAAAUGAAUGUUGACUGCUUACGUUCACAGCUUGAAGAACACUCUGCACUUAGAGCUGAUUUAAGGAAACAGCAGCUAUCAGUUGAUUCAUUAUCUAAUCUUGUGGUUGUUAUAGAUGAAAAUACAUUCCCUGAUUCUGUGCAUGUUCAGAUGGAAGAUGAGUUAUCUGCAUUGGGCGAACGUUGGGCUCAUAUUUGUAAAUGGGCUGAAGAAUAUGGUGUUAAGUUACAGACAUUAUUAAUGAAGAGUAGUCGUAUUACGGAACAACUGUCAUGGUUACAAUCAUGGUUUGAUUCGAAAGAAAUAAAUCUUAAACAUAUGGAAUCUAAACAUGUUACUGAAGUCGCAGAGAUUUUAGAUAGAAUCAAGCAGUUACAAACUUUACGCCACCAAAUGUCAAGUCAACAAAAAAAUAUUAUUCAUCUUCAAACUAAAAUUCAGAGUUUGGAAGAAGAAUUUUUAUACACAGAAGAUUGUCCUUACUCAGAAAAAAUAGAAACUCUACAAGACAGAUGUGAUGCUUUAGUACAAAUUAUUGAAAUACAAGCUCAAAGAAUAUUAGAUGCUGGUUUUGAAUUUGAUUUAAUAUGCAAUUCAAAUUCAGAUAAACCAGAUGAAAAACUUUUGGAAGACAAUUCAUUUGAUGGUAGUUUAAAUAUGUCUGAUGUUGAGGAACUUGGUUGGAAGCGUAGAAGGAAGGGUGGAUCAUUUCAAGAAGAUGAAUAUGAUAAUGCUACAUCAAACUUGAGUAAUUGGCUAAUAAGAACUCAAAAAUUGCUUGAUGAACCUUUAGAAGUAGAAGAGCAAGCGGCAUUAUAUGAAGAUAUAAUGUCUGAAAUUGAUAAUCAAAAAUCUCAGUUAGAUUUUGCUAGUAAAUUCAUUACAAAAAGCGAAAGUAACAAUACUCCAUUUCACAAAGUGGAUCACUAUAAUACAUUAUGUACAGAAUUUAGUGAUUUGGAAACUUCUUUGGUUAUAUUCAAAAAUAAAAUAAAAUAUAACCUUGAAAAAAAACACACAUCAAAAGAAAUGAAUAAUUUAAAAUUAAUAUUUGAUGGAUAUGCUAAAUGGCUGGAUAGUGGAAAUUGUACAUUUGAACAAAUAAAGGUAAAAUUAAAAUCAUUAAAAUCUCUUGAAGAGCGUAUUACUAAACUACACACACAUAGUAAACUAUUGGAUUCUAAUGACCCCAUAAGAAAUGAAGUUGAAAAAUAUGUAUCUAGUUGGAAUUCUUUGAACGAAAAAUUUUCUACUUACGAAAUACAAGCAAAGUUAUCACAAGAAACUAAUUCUAACAUAAAAUUUAAAGAAUCCAAAGAAGAGCUUACUGGCUGGAUUAAUAAACUAGAAGGUGUAUUAUUAGGUGAACCAGUUCUAAUGAAUUAUUCAAAAGUUUUGACAAAUCAAUUAGAACAAUUAAAAGAAAUGCAAAAGUCAGUAAAUGACCGUCGUGAUACUUUAGAAAUGGUAAAUACACUUGGACAAGAUAUUUUAGAAAAGUUAAAUAGUGAAAUAGCUGCAGAACGGUUAACUGAAGACCUUCAAGAUUUAAAUACAAGAUGGAGUGAUAUUCCAGUACUGUUAGAUGAACGGAUUUUGAAGUUACAAAAAGAUUUGUUUUUAGUUCUAGAAUUAGAAUCUAAUUUCAGGACAUUAGAAGAUUUGAUGGAACAAAGUGAAGAUCUGUUCAAUUAUUAUAAUUCUCAAAGUGAUCAACCAGAUUUAAAAAUGAUAAAUGAUGUCUGCGAUUCUGUAUCUCAAUUAUAUGAGAAACUGCAUGGUGAUAUGAUAAAUAUAUUUGAGUCAUCAGUGGAUACAAAAUUUAAGGUCGAUAUGAAUCAGAAAUUAGAAUCUAUUAAGGAAAAGUUAAAUACAAUUGUGAAAUUUAAAGAAGAUAUUGCUAUUGAGGGAUUAAAAACAUUAGAAAAAGAUUUUACUGAUGUAAAAAAGUGUGUAUCUGAAGUGGAAAAAUGUCAUUCAUAUCGAGAGAAGGAUCCUGUAAGUUCAGCUGGUGAACUUAUAAAAUUAAAGAAUAAAUACCACACUCUGCAUGACAAACUUUUGGAAAAAAAACCAAAAUUAGAAAAACUUGAACUCAGUCAAGACGAUAAUGUUAAAAUGUUAGUUUUAAAGUGGAGUAAAGUUUUUGAUGGUGUGCAACUAAUAAGAAACCGUCUGCAACAAGAUGUACAACUUCACUCUGAGUUUAAAGUUUUAAUGUCUCAAGAGAAUGUAUGGCUUGACAAAUUAGAUAAAUGUCUUAAAAAAAGUGUAAAAACUAUAGCAACUGAUGCAGAAGAAAUAUCCGAAGAACUGGAUGACCUAGAAAAUUGCCUUAGAAAUCAUCCAGAAUCCAGGGUUGAUCGAUUAAAUGAAAUCGGUGCAGUUUUAUCAGAUCACAAUGUAAUGGCAUCUAGUAUAAAAGUGGAUUUAGCUAAAGUUACAUCACGCUGCAAAAAACUUACAACUCAAGCAGAAGACAAAGUUAAACGUUUAGAAGAAAGCAUUGAACAGACUCAAAAAUCUGAAAAUUGCAUUGCUGAGUUUCAACAAUGGCUUGAAACUACUGAUCAACAACUUACAUCUCGGAUUCAAAAUGAUUUCUCACCACAAGAUUUACCUAAUGAUGUUGAAAGAUUAUCAAAUGAAUUCCAAAAUCAAGCCAAACUUUUGCAUGAUAUGGAAGAACAAAUUUGUAACUAUGAAAUAGCAAAUAAAAAAGAAGUAGCCAAUCGAUUAAAAGAUCAACUGUCUUUAUUAAAAAAACGUUUCUAUCAGCUGGAAGAGAAAUUUGAAAGAUAUCAAUCUCCUGGAGAUUUACCCACUCGCGUUACUAGAGUGUUGAGAGAAUUACAAUCUAUUGAAAAUACUAUUUGUCUUUUAGAGCUGGCAUCUGACGAUCCUGAUAGCAUCAAAGGACAAUUAGAACAAUGUUUGAAAAUGAGUUCUACGUUAGAAAAUUUAAAAAGUGAAGUAGAAUUUGUGAUAAGUUCAAAUGAAACUUGUGAAAAUCAACUACAGCUAGAAACUAUAAAACAGUUGUAUUCCAAGUUGGUAGCGGAUAUUAUUGAUACAAAAUAUAAGCUAGAAAAAGGCUUAAGUGCUUUAGAUUUCCUUGACACUAAUAUUGAUAUUAUGUCUAACUGGUUGACUGAAGUGGAACAAAAAUUAGAUGAAUUUGAAAAUACUCAAUUAACUGAGGAAAAUGCAGAAGUCACAAUGAAAUUUAUUAAACAAACAUUAGAUCAAGAUAUUGAAAAUUACGAAAAGGUUAAAAAUUCAAUUUAUGAUCGUUAUAUUGAAUUUAAAUCCCUUAAAGAUCCUUUAUGCGAUGAUGACACAUAUUGUGAGCGUUUUGAUAUAAUUUCUAAUAGAUGGAAAUUAGUUCUAAAUAAACUUCAUAAUAAUUCAACAUUACUGAAGGAUAUGCCUACAAUAACGACAAGUGAAAAAUUAGAAGGUCAGUCUAAUAAAUCCAUACAAUUUAAGGAAACAUCUGUUCCCGAAAUAACAGUUACUGAAGAAGAAAAUAAAAAAGACCAUAAAGCAUUAUUGAAACAUAAUGAAGAAGAUGAUACAUUUCAAUUGACUAAAAACAGUAUGUUAUUUUCACAAGUAUCACAAGUAGAUCCCUCAGUUUUUCAAUCUUUUGUGAAACCUAAAUGUGAAAAUAAUACCCAAGAGUGUGUCAUGGUUGAGAUUAAAGAACAUGAAAUACUAAAGUCUAGUGUUAUUAGUCGUGGUGAAGUAACUGCAGUUCACCAUGCAGUUCCUGAGGGUUAUGCAGAAAUGGUUGAGUUAUCUGAGGAUACAGAAACAGAUGCAGAUGAAACAGAUGAGGAAAAAUGGCCUCAAAUUGUAUACAGAAGGAAAAAUACAGAAAAAAAAUCAUGUUUGAGCCCUUGUGAAAUUUUAGUCAAGCGACAAAAACUGGCAUCAAAUGAUUCACUAAAGUCUAGUUUAGAAAGCUUACAUAGCAAGGAGUAUAUUCCAUCUUUAGAAGAGGAACAAAAUAAUCUUACGGAUUCUGUUUGUGUUAAAGUAAACAAAACUCAUCAUACAACUAUAACUGCAUGGCAAAGUCCAAAAACUGAUAACCGUAAAGAAGUUAUACUGCAUAAAGAAAUAGAAUUGUUAGAUACAUACAGAAUUAUUGGUGCUGAUCAUGAUGUUAAAGUUCCAAAUGCAUUUAAAAAUGUUCCUGAAGAUAAUGAUAGUUUCUAUGGUAGUGAUAAAGAAACUGAUGAUGUAGUAUUAUUUUCAGAAGAUGAAGGACUUAAUGAUAAAUAUCCAGAUUCUAGUUCAUCAGAUGAUGAACAAAUAACUAAGGGUAUUUCAUUUAUGAGGCAGAAAAAAGAAAAUGUACCCACUUCAAAAUCACCAAAUACAUCAAUAAUAAAAAAUCUAGAUGUAGAUAUUGAAAAAUAUGAAAAUGAAGCAAAACAAAUGCUGGCGAGGAUGGAACUUACUUUAAAAGACCUUCGACAAUUAAAUACAGAAUCGGAUCCAAAUAAGCGUGUUGAGUCUGUUGAACAAGAAGUUAGUAAUAUAGCACCAGAUGCAGCUACAUUAAUAAGCAAAGGUGAUAGUCUUAUACUUGCAAGCCAUACAGGAGAUCCUUCCAGAGCAAGCACUUUGUGCACUUUAAUUCAAGAUAGACUUAGAGUAAUGUGGACUCAUAUCAUGUCAGAAAUAGAGAUUGUAAAACUUCAGACACAAAUGUUAAAGAAACAAGUGGAAUCCUUUAAUAAAAUUACUCAAGAUAUUGAAAACUGGAUUAACCAUAAGCACAACAAUUCAGAGGUAUUUGAACGAGAAAUUAAUAUCAAAUAUGCUAAUUUAUUAGAAAUGGAUGAGAUAAUAUCAGAUAUUGAAGCACUGUGUUAUGAUAAAGAUGCUGUUAAUAAAAUGCGACUGAAAAUUGUUGAACUAGAAAAUAAGUUAAAUAAAUUAAGUCCCUUGUCUCAACAACAAAAUGUCAACGUACCUGUAGAAAUGUUAUCUCAGAUAGACGAGACACGAUCAAAUUUGGGUUCUUUAUUAAAACAAUUGAAUUUAAUACCAUUAUCAAAUAAUUCUGUUGCUCUUCAAAAUUCCAAGAUUGAAGAUAUUCAAAGUAGAACUGAGCUUUUGAAAAAAUCUAUAGAAAAGUUAAGUACAAAAAAUGCUAAUGAUGAAAUAUUUGUGCAACGAAACAUUGAAAAAAUGCAGGAGACUUGGGAAAUGCUGAAUAAGUGUGUGAUUGAACGGACUGGACAACUAUCUAGUAUACAAACAGAAGUUACCAACUUACAACAAAACGGUAAAGAACUUUCUGAAUGGUUAGCAGAAAUUGAAAGUGAUAUGGAAGAAAAUAGUUUGAUAUUGACAUUACAAGAGAAAAAAAAUAAGCAACACAAUUUAGAAAAAAGAGUGUCAUCUAGGCAUAGAACAGUUAUAAGUUUUCUAAACUGUUCACGAACAUUAUGGUCGCAUUCAGACAGUUUCCAAUCAGAAGUUGAGAGCCUAAGAUUAAGAUGGCAAGCAGUUUUAAAUAAGCUAACAACGCAACGAGAAAGGGUGAAUGAAAUGGAAAAAUCAAAGUCUGAUUUUUCAAGUGUCAUAUCUGCAACAAAAGUGACUAUUGAUCAAACUUUAAAUGUGCUUCAAGCUACACAAGCUAAUCCAUCAGAAAUUGAUUCACUAAAUUCAAAAAGUUGUUUACUUAAGUCCAAAGAAAUAGAAUUAUUAACUCGAAGAAAAGAAUUAGAUUCCAUUAAUUCAAAGAAAUUGAAACAACCAAAUGAUCUUGAAUCAAUUAAAUCACUACUUGAUAAGGUUAUAUCUGAUUUGUCUGAAAAUUUAGAAUGUUUAAAUGGAAAAUUAAAUGCCUUAAACAGAUUUAUAAGUCAACUAAAAGAAUUAAAUAGUUGGGUUAUUACAAAAAAAUUAGAAGCAGAAGAAUUAAACCCAAAACCUAUUUCAGAGAGAAAAUUAGCAACUGAAAAAUUACAAUCAAACUUAUUAGAAAGAAAUGCUGAAGUAAAAGAUAUUUUGGAAAAUUUUACAAAUAUGGAAAAACAAUGUGAAGGAAUUGGUCAACCUGUAUCUGUGGAUUUACAAGAUAUAGUUAAAAAUCUCAGAGACAAUUGGAAUUAUUUGAAAAAUAUAAAUGAAAGUAUUUUGAAAAAACCAUCAGUUACAUCUAUUGAAGUAAAAAAAGCAGAAGAAAAUUGGAAGAGUUUAAGAAGGAAUGCCCCCGAAACAAAUUCCCGUUUAAGUUUACGGUCCUUAUCUCCAGUCAAUUCAUCAGAUGCACUUCUCAAUUUAUUAGCUAGUUUUGAUAAAUCAAUUCUUCAGAUUUGUGAUUGGCUGGCUUUAGAAGAAAACAUGUUGCGUCAACAAUUAGUUACGGUAGGAGAUGUCGACGAUAUACUUCAACUAAUUGAUAAACAAAAGAACGUAUUACGGGAGUUGGAACAAAAGAAGCCUCAAUUAGAUGAACUAGUGCAUACUGCUGAAAAUCUUAAAGCUGAUUCAAAUCGACAACAAUUACACGGCAAAGUGACAAAAUUGCGUGAACAUUGGGAUGAAACAAAUAAUAAAGUAAUGCAACGAAAAUCUGAAUUAAAUGCAAUGUUGAGUGAUAGCCAACGUUAUGAAACAAAAAAAAUGGAAAUUGAUACUUGGUUGACUAGAAUGGAGAAUAGGUUACAGCGAAUGAGUUCAGUCGGUAAUACAGCAGAUGUACUAGAUGCACAGCAGAGAGAACAAAAGUCAUUCCAUGUUGAGUUACAUCAAUACAAACACCAGAUUGAUUUAUUUAAUCAACUUACUCAAAAAUUAAUUGCUGUGUAUCAAAAUGAUGAUACUUCCAAAAUCAAAAAAUUAACAGAACAAGUACAUCAAAGAUUCCAAAACCUUAAUACAAACAUUAUAAGUCGAGGAAAAGUAUUGCAUUCAGCAAUAAACUCCUUACAAAAUUUAGACAAAUCAUUUGACAACUUUUUAGGAUGGUUGUCUGAAGCAGAAUCAUCUAUGGAAACAAUUGAAGCUGAAUUUGAUAGAUGUAAUACACUCAAACGUGAAAACACUACAGCAAUGAACCAAUUGAAGGUACGAAGUUGA